AUGAAUGGCAAAUCUGACGAUAUGCAGGUGGACUCUUUGACAUGCCUCACUACUGAUGUACUGGACGAGAUCCAAGCUUACAACAACACCACGUGGCUGCCUGGGCACAAAGUUCGAGUCUAUCAGAUAUUCAAAGACAUCAAAAAGGUGGUGAAGGAAUACAAGGAUUCAACGAGAUCAUCUGUCAUGGUAUGGCAGCACGGCGAAGCGCCGGUAUACUCUCAGAUGGAAGGUGCGUACAUCACGCCUCCACAGAAUGGAGCUAGCUGGAUAGAGAGGAUGAACGUUUCCACAAACGCGUCACCCAUCUACUACUACUCACAACGACAAACGGCAUCGAGCAUCGCCACCGUUAAUCCCAGGAGCACUAUUCACAAGACCGCUAGUUCACUAUUUGACACCGUGCCCUUAGGACAGAGCCACAGUGGACCAGUGAUCGUGAACAACGACAUGACCGUCACGCAAAUCGCCAACAAGUCGGCGGAAGCCACUACCAACAAGAUCAUCUACGGGCUUAUGGCGAAAACUAACGCCGAACAAGCCACUUCUAAGUGGACUGGCACAUCUAUAUGCUGCCACAAAUAUGAAUCCUCGUGA